AAAGCCUCCUGCAUAACCGCGUCUGCCCCAUUCACUGCUGAAUGGACGGUGCGCUGAUCUUUUUCUCGAAAGCCAGAUGGGAGCAGAAAAUGUUGCAAUGAAGAAUAUGGAAUGAGAUGAGAUCACAGCAUCAGUCUGUCCUUUGUAGAUCUGGACAAUGAUCACAGAGCCAGAUUGGAUUAGUGAAACCUAUUUACCAGAAGUUCAGAGCGGUUGCAUGAAGCUGAAAGGCAGUCAGUAGGGAGACGUGGAAAAUGCACCAGAUUUACAGCUGCAGCGACGAGAAUUUAGAAGUUUUCACCACUGUGAUUUCAUCCAAAUCAUGUAGUCCUGCCCGAAGACGAGCCAAAACUACGCAGCACAUCCUAACAAAGAACGUGGUGGCCAUCUCCGACCGCCGGCCCCACCAGGGUGACCUGCUGCAGGUGCUGUACAGCGAGGACGAGGCGCGGGGCCUGGGCGGGCAGAGGGGGCCCCGCCCCGCCAAGGGCACGGCCCAGCACGUGGGAAUUAAUGAACGAGAGUCAUCCAAGUCCUAUAGUCACCUGUUGGAUGGAAAGUCUUUGAUUCCUCCAUCUCCAGUUGCCCAUAUCACAGUGAAAACUGUGACUGUCACAGGCUCUCCCACACGUGACUGCACUUCUACAGAGGACCACAGGCACCGCUGGAGAAAGACAACAGAGUAUGACCUGGCCCUGCCACCAGGAGCAGAAGCUUCCCUGCCACUGACAGGAGGCAACCUGUGCGGGACACCCAGCCUCCUAAGGAAGAUGUGGAUGAAGCACAAGAAGAAGUCAGAGUACCUGGGGGCAACAAACAGUGCCUUUGAGGCGGACUGAUGAGGCUCAGCAUCACUUGGAAAGGCAGAAGGUCCUUUAGCCAAGGUGCUUUACAGAACAGACAAAACACAGCUCAUCCAGGAAAACAAUAUCCUUUUUAUUACUUCAUACCAUUGCCUCAAAACAGUGGGAGAAAGGCUAACUAAGAUAAAAGUGGUGAACAUGAUGCAACUCACUGGCCUUUCUUUGUUGCAUUAUACUAAAAUCCCAAGUAUCCCACUAGAUUUACAUCUUGAUUCAAAGAUGCUGAAACUACUGCUGACCCAUUCACCAUUUUCUAUGUCCUGUCUGAAUCAGCUCAGACUUACAACAAGAAAAGCCUACCAAGAGGUUUGUGUAUUCCUGCAAGGCAAUAGAUCAGUAACAGAGUGCCAUUAAAUCCCAGGGAUCUACUUGUUGUGUACUGCUGCUUGCUGUCUUUCCCCUCUCGUAUCAUGAGAAAAAAAACACAUCUUACGAUAUGCUUGGUUGAAUGACACAUCCUAAACCUUUUUCUUACUUCAGUUUCAGUGUUUCAAGACUGGAGUAGAAGAUGCAAAAAAUUUAAAACAAUGGGCCAGAACUGAGAAAAUCUGCAAACAUAUGUACCAAAUUUGUGAUUGAUGUUUCAAAGUGUUCUGCCAGAUUAAGCUAUGAGCAACUGAAUAACCUCAAGGGAUACUUUCGGCCAUAGAACCUGCUUACAUGUGAAGUAGUAGUCAGCAACUUAACCUCUACCCAUGUGGUAGAGGAUAUUUCAUUAAGUGCUCAAAAUACUAGAAGGAAAGAAAACAUAUAAAUGGUGCAACUAGGUAACUAAACAUGAGAUAUUUGCAUGUAGGAGACCUGUGCUUAUGAAUAGAUAGAUUUAAUGGAAUUUGCUUAAUUUUUUUUCUCAAUUUAGAAAUAGCUGGUCAGGGCCUCUUGGGUUUUUGUCUCAAAAAAAGAAACAAACAGUUUUACAAAAAGGUUUUCACCACAGUUAUAGAUAAUAUUACACUAGUCAUGAGCAGUACUUGCCUCCUAUGAGUGCUCCCCUGGUUCUUAUAAAAGACAUUGGUUUCCCUGAAUACAGAACUUUAUUUUUCAAGCUGGAGGAAGGAUAUAUCCUGUUGCUCAUAAUAAUGAUGAUCUCUAAUCUAACAGCCAGUGCACCAAAGCAUAAAUUAAAAAUACAAGUCUUACUCUGUGACAGAAGCAGAAGGAAGAAGCUCCCAUCUGAAACUUGCUUGCCAGCAGCCAGUGCAGUAAAAUGCACUGAGAUGCCACCAAAAGCAGUGCCAUGGUACAUACUGAGGUGAGGAGGCUCAGACAACUGUCCCUGGUCAGGGGCCACCAGCUCAGAAGUACCAGGGUACCACCUGGCCAGAAGAGAAAGGAGACAGGCCCCCUGGCUUUGGGUUGAGCAGGGUAGAGCAGCACACAGGAAAGGUUUGCAGCUUGACAGCCUGAGCAACUGAAAUCCUUGGAACGGGAAAGCAAGUGGAACAGUAGCUUCACAGAGAAAAUGUGCCCAGUGGCUCCAGGGAAGCCAGUAGGGGACACCUAUGUGGGGCUAGACAUGAUGGAGGAGGCAGUAGAGUGGGGUGGAAGCAUUAUUUAAAAAGAUAACUGUGGCUUUUCAUACAGCCAGAGCCCACUCCGGAGUCUGCCAAAGAGAGAGAGAGGCACUAGACCUUCAUGAAAUAUCUCUGUCAGCCCUCACAUUCAGUUGUCUGUCACUGCUUCAGUCACAGGCUCCUCUUUCAGAAGUGCUCAACUACUCAGAGUACAACCUUGCAACUAGAAAUCACACAGACUUUCAGUCCUCCUUACCAAAGGUAAAAGUCCUUUUCUGGCCCAGCAGCCUGACACAGGGAUGAUCUGCUCUCCUGCUUUUAUUUCUUGCUCCUGUGAGCAAGGAGAACACAGUUCCUUGUUAACCACGUGCUGGAUGUGGCAAUGGUGACCCAGCAUUAACCACAUGCCACCUACCACAGCAUGUGAGAGCAAUGCCAGUGUCCACUGAAGGCUGCACACCUGAGCAGUUCCAGAGCAGUUUUCUCACAGGGGUCCACCCCACCUUUAAAUUGGAGCCUGAUACAUUGGCCCUGUGUAAUAGUCUGGGCACCGUGACCCUGCCAACACCAGGUCCUCUAUGACUGAACCAAGCUGGAGCCAUGGACAGGAGUUUCUUGAAAACACCUUUUACAAAUAUCACCAACCACACUACAGCCCCCUCCCUAGCCCAUAGAAAUCCUGCCAGAAACCUUGGCCUUGUAGGGACAUGCUAUUUUUAUGCACAUAGGGGAAUUUAGUAAGUUCAGGGGGACUGCUCCCUUGCACAGAGAUGCAGACUCAAGGAGUAAGGAGAACAGUAAUCACUUGUUCCCUUUCUUUGUCUCAUUUCCUAAACAAAGCAAAAAUAAGGACAGUGGAGAGACACUGGGAAAAGUCCAUUUGCUGCAAUUGGUAAUUAGGAGAGUGGCAUUGGUAAUUAGGAGAGUGAGCAUUUGUGGUACCUGCCCUUAUAGCUAACAUGACCCAUAGAGCACCCAAACAAACUCCAGGGAAGCAAGAGUUUUGUCUGUUGAGAAAGUUGUAUUGUAGUAUUUAAUUUGUUAAUUAAUAGCUUUAAGCAGUAUGAGGAUGGAGGCAGAGAUGAUUGAUAUUUCUUUUUAAUAAUUGCUGUAUCUUGAAAUGUGUAUUUAUGUUUUUCUUAUUUAUUUAAUUUAUAAUUUGGAUCUACAAGAGGAGGAGAUAUUUACAAGAAGCAUAUUUAAUUUCUUGUAUUUCAGGUACUGCUGUGGAGAUUUUUUGUAUUGCAGUAGAUAUUUAUUUUAUUGAUUUAAAAAUAUGUUCUAUUCUGAAAAAAAAAGUAAAUA